AUGGUUAGACAGACUGCGAGUCUGCCCAUCAUCCCCCUUCCCCGAGGCAGCGUCCUGCUCCCCGGCCUCAUCCAGAGAGUCACCGUCACAUCGAGCCGACCCGACAUCCCCGCCCUUCUCGCGCACGUAUACGAACGCGCCGCAACAAAGGGGCCCGAUGGUCGGAUAGAUGCCGUGCCCAUCGCGUGCGUGCCGGUCGCAUCGCCACAUGUCGGCCCCAACGGGCAGCUCCUCAUCAGCAAUGGUGAGGAGGUCGACAGCACGCAGUUGGCGGAUAUCAAUCCUGCCACGGCGCGCAAGUCUGACCUCUUCAACUUCGGUGUGGCGGCAAGGAUAGUUGGCAUCGACGGACGGGGUCAGGGCGAAUUCGCUCUGCGGGUCGAGGGCACGGCUCGUAUCAGGCUUGAAAGCAUCACUCAGGAGCGGCCAUUCUUCGAGGGCAGUGUGACGUACUUCAACGAUGACAUUUUACCUGCCGAUAAGCAGCUGCAUGAGCUCUUCGCGCUCCUCAAGUCGCGGGCCCGCGAACUCGUCACAAUUCUUCGAAUAUCAUCUCUACUCCCAAGGGCAAAGGGUGGCCCUCCGUUGGCACCAUCCGUUACGAAGCGUCUCGAGACCCUCAUCAUGCGGCGCGAGUUUAAGGAAGCCGGCCUCCUCGCGGACUUCAUGGCGAAUCUGGUGGAGACCACUCAUGAGGAGAAGCUGGAGGUCCUGGCGGCGCUCGAUGUCAAGGUGCGCAUCACCAAGGUCAUCGAGCUGCUGGAGCGCCAGGUUGGGGGGAUCAAGAACAACUUCAAAAUCACAACCUUCACCUCAGUGCCGGUGCAGAUCCUCGACCGGCUCAACGAGAAUCCCGCCCGCAGGCAAAACCAGUUCCCAAACAUGCCAGGUGUUGGGCUGCUCCCGCCCCAAGGUCAGAUGCCAGGGGGCAACGACCAGGACGGUGACCAAGAAGCGAGCGAAUUGGACGAGUUGAAGCAGAAGCUGCAGAACGCCAAGCUCCCGCAGGAAGUGCAAAAGACGGUCGAUCGCGAGCUCCGGCGCUUGCAGAAGAUGAUGCCGAUGAAUCAGGAGUACCAAGUGACGCGCAACUGGCUCGAGACCUUGUCCGAAAUCCCAUGGGCAGCGGUCACCGACGAUCGACUCGAUCGAGACACUCUAGCCAGAGCCCGGAAGCAACUCGACGAUGACCACUAUGGUCUGGACAAGGUCAAGAAGCGCCUGAUUGAAUAUCUCGCGGUCCUCCGUCUCAAGCAGUCUAUCAACGAUGGCGUCAACGAAAAAAUUCUGAAAGCGGAGCAAGAGGAAGGAUCUGCUGUGUCCACAGAGCAGGUCGAGGAGAUUGAAAACAAUGCCCGAGAGCGUACUCCGGCCCCCGCUCACAACUCGCCAAAGCUUGAACUGCUCAAGUCACAGCGCAUGGUCGACAAGUCGCCCAUCAUGCUCCUCGUGGGUCCUCCAGGAGUCGGCAAGACGAGUCUGGCCAAGUCUGUGGCGACUGCACUCGGUCGCAAAUUCCAUCGCAUCUCACUGGGAGGCGUACGAGACGAAGCAGAGAUCCGUGGUCACAGGAGGACAUAUGUCGCCGCCAUGCCUGGCCUCAUCGUCCAGGGUCUGCGCAAGGUGGGCGUUGCGAAUCCGGUCUUUCUGCUCGACGAGAUCGACAAGGUGGGUGUCGCGAGCGUGCAUGGCGACCCGUCUGCCGCCAUGCUGGAGGUGCUCGACCCCGAGCAGAACCACACUUUCCACGAUCACUACGUGGGCAUGCCCAUCGAUCUGUCCAAGAUUCUUUUUAUUGCUACUGCCAACUCCCUCGACACAAUCCCCGCACCACUUCUGGAUCGUAUGGAGACCAUCUACAUCCCUGGCUACACGACGCUCGAGAAGCGUCACAUUGCUAUGCAACACCUUGUUCCCAAGCAGGUCAGAGUAAACGGGCUGGCUGAGGAUCAAGUCAUCUUCGAUCAGGACGUCGUGUCUAAAAUCAUCGAGGCGUACACUCGUGAGGCAGGCGUUCGCAAUCUCGAGCGUGAGAUUGGCUCCGUGUGCCGCGCCAAGGCUGUGGAGUUUGCCGAGGCCAAGGAUGCCGAGCAGCUCGACUCAUACAGAGCCCAGCUGUCGGUCGACGAUGUCGAGAACAUUCUAGGAAUAGAGCGUUUCGAGGAGGAGAUUGCAGAGAAGACCAGCCGUCCCGGGGUGGUGACUGGGCUCGUCGCGUACAGCUCAGGUGGCAACGGCAGUAUCCUCUUCAUCGAAGUCGCAGACAUGCCUGGGAGUGGUCGCGUGCAGCUGACUGGCAAGCUUGGCGAUGUUCUCAAGGAGAGCGUCGAGGUCGCGCUGACGUGGGUCAAGGCUCACGCUUUCGAGCUUGGGCUCACCCCGGAACCGACAACGGAUAUCAUGAAGGAACGCAGCAUUCACGUCCACUGCCCCUCGGGCGCCAUUCCAAAGGAUGGGCCCAGCAGCGGUAUCGGUCAAGCCAUUGCCCUCAUCUCACUGUUCUCUGGCAAGCCCGUCCCGCCGACGAUGGCCAUGACGGGCGAGAUUUCUCUCCGUGGCAAGGUCACAGCUGUCGGAGGCAUCAAGGAGAAACUAAUCGGUGCGCUACGGGCGGGUGUCAAGACUGUGUUGCUCCCUGCCCAGAACCGAAAGGACGUCAAGGACCUGCCCGCAGAGGUCAAGGAUGGGCUCGUAAUUCUCCAUGUCAGCCACAUUUGGGAAGCCAUCCGGCUGGUCUGGCCUGACUCGCAUUGGGCUGCCGACAGCAACAACGUGGGCAUCGAGAGUCGUCUGUGA